GAGAGCAAAGAAGCUCAAGUUCUGAAAGAAUAAUCGGUGUAUCUUUCGUUUCCGUCAGUGUUUAUGUUUGCUUUGAAGAAGAUUCAUUCCACAGAUUUCUCGUUAGCAUAUCCUCCAUGCGCUCCAUCAGUCAGUUCUUUACCAACUCUACAGUUCCUCUGCUUUCGUUCCAUAUGAAUUCCAUAUAUCACCGAUUCUGAUCUCGUAACUGUUAUUCGUUAUGGAUAACGAGGUGUUAGAAUUUGAUAUUGGUAUUGGAGGAGGCGAUGGAGAAUACGACGAUGACGGUGGAGACAUUGAACAUCCUAUUGAUGAAGAUGAAUUGGCUGAUAGCAGUGGCGGUGUUGGUGGGGGAGCAAUUGGUGGUGAAUUAUAUUUCCCCGAAGGAGACCUCUUAGAUCUCGAACCUUACGAGGGAAUGGAAUUCGAAUCUGAGGAAGCUGCGAAGGCCUUCUACAAUUCCUACGCUCGUCGCGUUGGGUUCAGUACACGUGUCAGCUCAUCGCGUCGUUCGAGGCGCGACGGCGCUAUCAUACAGAGGCAAUUCGUUUGCGCCAAGGAAGGUUUCCGCAACUUGAAUGAGAAGCGAACCAAGGACAGAGAGAUCAAGCGUCCAAGAACAAUUACAAGAGUUGGAUGCAAAGCGUCUUUGUCUGUGAAAAUGCAAGAUUCUGGUAAAUGGAUCGUGUCAGGGUUUGUUCGAGAACAUAAUCAUGAACUUGUUCCGCCAGAUCAGGUGCAUUGCCUUCGAUCUCAUAGGCAAAUUUCAGGAGCUGCGAAGACGCUGAUUGAUACUUUACAAGCGGCUGGGAUGGGUCCACGGAGGAUUAUGUCAGCGCUGAUUAAAGAGUAUGGUGGGAUUAGCAAAGUUGGAUUCACAGAGGUUGAUUGUAGGAAUUACAUGAGGAAUAAUCGGCAGAGAAGUUUGGAAGGGGAUAUUCAAAUUGUUGUGGAUUAUUUGAGACAAAUGCAUGAGGAAAACCCUAAUUUCUUCUAUGCUGUUCAAGGUGAUGAUGAUCAGUCUAUAAAUAAUAUUUUCUGGGCUGAUUCUAAGGCAAGGAUGAAUUAUACUUUUUUUGGUGAUACUGUAACUUUUGACACUACUUAUAGAUCUAAUAGGUAUCGGUUACCGUUUGCUCCCUUUACUGGUGUGAACCAUCAUGGACACCCUGUUCUGUUUGGUUGUGCUUUCUUGAUUAAUGAAUCUGAGGCAUCAUUUGUGUGGCUUUUCAAGACUUGGCUUAUGGCCAUGUCUGGACGCCCUCCGGUAUCGAUAACGACUGAUCAUGAUUCUGUGAUUCGGUCUGCUGUAAUGCAAGUGUUCCCUGAGACGCGACAUCGGUUCUGCAAGUGGCACAUCUUUAAGAAAUGCCAGGAGAAGUUGUCUCAUAUUUUCCUCAAACAUCCGAGUUUUGAAGCUGAGUUUCACAAAUGUGUUAACUUGACUGAGUCGAUUGAGGAAUUUGAAUCUUGCUGGUCAACACUUUUGGAUAGAUAUGAUCUCAGGGACCAUGAAUGGCUUCAAGCAAUAUAUUCUGCUUGCAGGCAGUGGGUACCUGUGUAUUUGCGAGACACGUUUUUUGCAGAGAUGUCCAUCACUCAGCGAAGUGAUAGCAUGAACUCUUACUUUGAUGGGUAUGUAAAUGCUUCAACCAAUUUAAAUCAGUUCUUUAAGCUGUAUGAGAAAGCACUGGAGAGUCGCAAUGAGAAAGAAGUAAGAGCAGAUUAUGACACAAUGAAUACUUUGCCAGUAUUAAGGACUCCAUCUCCAAUGGAAAAGCAAGCAUCUGAGCUUUACACCCGAAAAAUUUUCAUCAGGUUCCAAGAGGAGUUAGUUGGGACACUAACACUCAUGGCAUCCAAAGCUGAGGAUGAUGGGGAUGUCAUUACAUAUCAUGUAGCUAAAUAUGGAGAGGACCAUAAAGCAUACGACGUUAAAUUCAAUGUUUUGGAGAUGAAAGUAACUUGUAGUUGCCAAAUGUUUGAGUUUUCGGGCCUUCUUUGCAGACAUGUUUUGGCAGUCUUUAGAGUUACCAAUGUGCUUACUCUUCCAUCUCAUUAUAUAUUGAAACGUUGGACAAGAAAUGCCAAGAGCAAUGUAAUAUUAGAAGAACAUUCCUGUGAUGUAUAUACUUACUAUUUGGAAUCUCAUACAAUUAGAUAUAAUACCCUUCGACAUGAAGCCUUCAAAUUUGUUGAUGAAGGUGCAAAGUUUCCUGAAACUUAUGAUGUUGCAAUGGGUGCUUUACAAGAAGCUGCAAAAAGAGUUGCUCAGGCAAUGCAAAACGAGGGAAAAAAUCCCAUUAGCAAUGGAAAGGUUAGGAGUCACUUGCUAAAUGAUGAAAGUCAUGCCAAGUACACAAGUGGAUGCCAGGAAGAAAGCUUGGACCAGCAUAUGUCUGAGGAUGAUAUGGAUAAGAAUAUUAGAAAACUUAUGAAUGAGCUUGACUGCGCAAAUCGAAAGUGUGAAGUUUACCGGUCCAACCUGCUCUCAGUUUUGAAAGCUGUUGAGGAUCACAAGUUAGAGUUGUCUGUUAAGGUGGAAAACAUCAAGAUAAGCAUGAAAGAUGGCCUCUAAGGACUGUGGAGAGGUAACAUAGAAACAGAUAGGAAAACAAAUGGAAAAACAUAUACUUCCCUAACAUUUCCUUUUUUGCCAAUUCAAUCGCGCUUCAAUAAUGCUCCCAUUAAUAGGCAUUUAGUUUUUGUAGAAAUUGAUAGUCUUUUGAACCUGUCUUCUUGCCCCUCUUUUAUAAUAUAUCAAGAUGGU